CUCCACUUUGUUUUUGCAUGGAGGACAGGGGUGUAUUCAUUAUGGAAACCGUUUAUCGUUUAAUAACCAAACGGAAGCAAACAGGGUAAAACGAGAGUUUCUUUUCAACAAAUUCGGGUACGUCCCUCCCCGUUUGCGUUCGUUUAAGAAACGUUUUGCAACCGAAUCGGCGUAAUGAAUACGCUCCAGUGUUAUCAAUGGAAAAUGGCGACCCGAGUCCUUCAGAGAUUUGGCAAUGGCCUGAAUCAGGCUAAAAACACGGCCCAGUCGACAGGACAGAUCUUCGUUUUAAGCAGGGGCUUGUCGGCAUCAAACCAUAGGAAUCGUGAAGAUAGCUGGUUCAAGUCACUAUUUGUGCGUAAAGUUGAUCCCAGAAAGGAUGCCCACUCCCACUUGCUUACCAAGAAUGAGGAAAGCAACCUCUACAAAAUCCAGUUCCAUAAUGUGAAACCAGAGUGCCUGGAUGCCUACAACCAGCUUUGUGAGGAGACCCUGCCAUCUAUCCAUAAUGAUAAGUACUAUCCCUGUGAGCUGGUGGGUACCUGGAACACCUGGUAUGGAGAGCAGGACCAGGCUGUCCAUAUGUGGCGGUAUAGAGGAGGUUACCCAGCUCUGACCGAGGUCAUGAGCAAACUCAGGCAGAACAAGGAGUUCAUGAAGUACCGGGAGGAGAGAGGAAAGAUGCUGUUGUCUCGUAGGAACCAACUGCUCCUGGAGUUCAGCUUCUGGAAUGAGCCCAUCCCCAGGAAGGGACCCAACAUCUACGAGCUCAGGUCCUACCAGCUCCGACCUGGCACCAUGAUUGAGUGGGGUAAUUACUGGGCCAGAGCUAUUGGCUACCGCCAGCACAACAGUGAGGCUGUGGGAGGGUUCUUCUCCCAAAUCGGAAACCUCUACAUGGUGCACCACCUCUGGGCUUACAAAGACCUUGAGGCCAGAGAAGCCACAAGGAACGCAGCUUGGCAACAUGAGGGUUGGGAUGAGGUUGUGUAUUAUACAGUUCCUCUCAUUCAGCACAUGGACUCUAGAAUCAUGAUCCCAAUGAAGGCUUCCCCACUGCAGUAACCUAUGAGAGAACACAGAAGGCCGAACGCCAAGCCUCGCCGGUUUUUAAAUGUAACAAAAAGUCAAAAAUCUCACUGCCGUGGUCUCAACCUCUUCAUUAUUGUUGCCAACUAACUACCUUCUGAUUUGGUUUGUCUUUUACUUGACCCAUUUCUGACUUUGUAUCAGCAAACAAUAUUUGGUACUUUAAAAACAUCACUGAGACACAGGAGGUUAAAGUAUCAUCGUAUCCCAUAUUGAGUCUGUGGGCUAAAACACUCUUUCCAUAAUUGGAAGAUCUGUAAGGCAAUGGCACAAGAGCUCACAACUGCUUUUUUGUUUUUGGGAGACAGGAUGGGAAAAAUUAGAAUAUUGAAACCUCCUGAUAGUGGUUGGGUGGAGAACUGAUGUCCAACAUACUGGGUCAUAUUAACACUGGUCACAUUGCCACAGCUGAUCUAGUCUAUUUUUACAACCAAAGUGCUGUUUUGAAAGAGAGCUAGCCUAGCAGUGUGUUCUGUUUGCAGUGAAUAAGAAUUGAGCUUUGGGCAACUAUGGCAUGACAUGACAAAUAAUCACGAUAGAUGCACAAUGUGUGAUUUUGUGGUUAUUUUGUUUAUUUAAUGUAAAUAUUGAAUAAAUAUAUAAAUCAUAUUGCUAAA